GAGGGCUAGACGGAAGUUCCUUGACAAAAUGACUGCAAAAAGCAAGGAAAGUGAUGAACGGAGAUACUAGAGGUCGAGCGAGUGAUGGUGUGCGUGUGUGUGUACUGUCCCGGGUUGUGUGGACCCCAUCUCCUUUAGGAUGACUCAUUGUAUGCGACUAGAAACCACCAUCAACACCGACAACCACGUAGUUGUAGCAGCAGAUCCUGGUUGUGUCUUUCAUCACACUCCAUUCAAGAUCAUCACAACAUGACUAAAAAUCGUAUCUGAUGUGUUGGCACAACUCAAAUUGGACUCAAAUGCUCUUCAUGGAGUGUCCACAGUGAUUUAGAACCAAAUAAAUAACAUAUUUUGUGUCAGAGUGAAUAGACCUCAUUUAACAGAGGCACCAUGGCUACCAUGGAGGACUACAAGUACCUCUUUAAGGUGGUAUUAGUGGGCAAUGCUGGAGUGGGCAAGACUUGUCUGGUCCGACGAUUCACACAAGGCAUGUUUCCCCCUGGACAAGGAGCCACCAUUGGAGUGGACUUCAUGAUCAAGACGGUCGAAGUGGAGGGAGAAAAAAUCAAGCUUCAAAUUUGGGACACCGCCGGACAAGAACGGUUUCGAAGCAUCACCCAAAGUUACUAUCGAUCUGCCCAUGCUCUCAUUCUGGUCUAUGAUGUCUCGAAUCAACCCACAUUCGAUGUUUGUCCGGAAUGGUUGAGAGAGAUUGAAGAGUAUGCAUCGCCUAAGGUCCUCAAGGUCCUUGUUGGUAACAAAAUUGAUCGAGAUGACCGAGAAAUUCCGACUGAAGUGGGCGAGGAGUUCUCCAACCGACAUGGGAUGUAUUUUCUGGAGACAUCAGCCAAAGGGUCAGAAAACGUGGAGCGCCUUUUCUCAGAUAUAGCUCACGAGCUUCUUCAGCAAUCCAAGAAUCGGGAAAUCCCGAGUUAUGAUGCCAAUUCCCAACAGAUUCUUCAAACUGGAGCCGGCCAUACCUCUUCAUUGAAUCAGCGUUGCUGUCCAAGAUCGUGAUAACUUUACCUACUUCUAUGAAUUUCGACCUGAUGAUUUCAACAUUCAUGAUUACUCCUUCAGUUGUUACGAAUGAUCCUCAUCAUCCCACCCACACACCCACGCCAAUAACAAUUCUGCAAUGCUUCUAGUCACCAUAAAGUUUCAGCUUUUACACACAAAUCGUCACAAUCAGUUUGAAGACUGUGGACCACAAGGUCGACACAUCAUUUUCUGCUCCUCUUUCGAGCACUGUGUCAAAAUCUACUUUUGAUAGAAAGGAAGUGGUACAAUUAAGAAGCAAAAACGCACAUGCAAUACAUUUCAUUGUUGAAGCCAUCCUUGUGGCAA